AUGCAGUCGCGCCAGAGGACGCACCAAGUGCAAAUGCAUUUUCAGCAACAGCAGCAGCCGCAGCCGCAGUCACAGUUGCAGCAAAUUCCAUCACAUCCGGAGCAGCAGCAACAGCAGCAGUUGGAAGAUGAUUCUCAAACAGUAACGCCUAAACAAGAAUAUCGAGAGCUGAAGCGACGAUUUAAAGUUCUCGUCUAUGAGAAUGAAUAUUAUCAAGAAGAACUGAGGAACUUGCAACGCAAAUUGUUGAAGCUUUCACGCGAUAAAAAUUUCUUAUUGGACAGGAUGUUAAUGUAUGAGAAUGUGGAUUCGUCCGAAGAGUCGGACAGCUCGACAAAAACUGUCGAGGAAAAAGGACCACCGAAAAAGUGA